GAGUAGGUUCACAGAGUACUGUUGCUCACCACCACCGAGUUCCACCUCUAGUCAGCUGGUGAGCCAUACCUCCCACUGCGAUUCCUCUCCCCGCUACUGUAAGCUUCUUGGGCUAAGAAAAGUGGAAGGACUCAGACUGCACGUCAGGAUCUGCUUACCAGUCUUCACUACAACCAGUGACCCGAAAGGUAGCACUGGUGGCUGAGAUGGCAUCCUUUCUAAAGAUCUGGGGCAUUAUCUUGGCCUUCUCGUUCCUCCUAUGCAGGCUGGUUGUAUAUAACAAGGACAUUUCCUGGAGAGAGUUCAUGAAACAACACCACCUAAGUCCAAGCAAGACAUUCAGCAGCUAUAAAUGCGAUGACCUCAUGAGGGAGAGAGAAGCUCUGAGAGACAAGGAAUCUCAUGUCUUCAUCUACGCCUCCUGGCACAAAAUUGACCGUGUAUGCUAUAGUCAAAACGGGAAAGACCGAUACGGAAAUGUGUAUGUAUGGGUCGAGCAGCCCUUCAAAAUUCUUAAGUGUCAAAAGGAAACUUCCAAAAAUAGCUACAUAGAGACCAGGAGCUACAACCACAUUCAAUUCCAUUGCAGCAUGGAUGGAUAUGUUGAUAGAAUAGAGGAUAUAAAUGUGCUAGAGCCAUUGGACAAAUAGAAGCUCUCUCCAUAGCUCCAGGUUUUGGUAGAGGGUUAAUGUUGCCCAAGUGGUGGUCUCUGCCUACAUUGACAGCCUCAGCCACUCCGCACUCUUCAUUAAUGUGUCAGUGUUUCUGAACUACUUAGAAUUAUGUAUCAUGUGGUUAUUUGAUCUCAUAACUUUGCCUGUGUUGUUCUCUGUCUGGAAUACCCUUCUGUCUUCAUGUAUUUAAUCUACGCCUACACAUUCUUCAAGACUCAGCUUGUAUAGUACCUUUCCUUGACUUACCCCAGUCUUAUCCUGAUAAUGACUCUCCUUCUCUCUAAUUGAAGUGAAGGAUCUUCCCUAAAUAAAUGAUAUUAUUCCAA